AGUCUCUCCUCACUCCUGGAGGGGACAGCGUAGGACCGCACCCUCGAAAGCCAGGCCAGACAGGCAGCAGCCACAGCCAGAACCGCUCCACCCCGUGGGGCUCUCCUUAGGGAAGUGCCUUCUAAGCUUCCAAUGAAUUCCGGCUGCGGAGUGUGGCUGCCCCAGUCUCCCCAGUCUCCUGCUGUAGCCGAAUUCCAGCCUGGCCCGCAGCUAGCCCUGUCUGCAGCUCCAAGGGUGGUAGGAGCAGGGGGUGCUGGGUUCGCCCCGCCUCAGGAGGAAGGGGGGGAUGCCUCCCUGCCAGUGGGAGGGGUUGCAGCCUGCGCUUCCCCUCCCCACCCACCAGCCCUGGGUUAAAUGCGGCCGCCGCCUCUGCGUGCUCCAGCUGCCUGGCAGUCCCCACCUAGGGCACGCUGCCACAUCGUUACCUGGUCCAAGUGCCCGGGAGGCUCCGCCUGUCGGCUUCGCUCUGCAGUUGCAUCUCUGAUCUGUCCGGCAGGCUCAGGCUCUAACAGCUCCAUUCUCUGUCCCCAAGCGCCAUGAGAGGCCUUCUUUGCUGGCUCGUGUUGCUGUUCCUUCUUCAGCCCUGGGAAAGCCAGCUCCAGUUGGCAGGUCCCAGGUGUCACACUGGGCCCCUGGAUCUGGUGUUCGUGAUUGACAGCUCCCGCAGCGUGCGCCCUUUCGAAUUCGAGACCAUGCGGCAGUUCCUCGUGGGCCUCCUCCGAGGCCUGAACGUGGGUCCCAACGCCACGCGCGUUGGCGUGAUCCAGUAUUCGAGUCAAGUGCAGAGCGUCUUCCCUCUCCGUGCGUUCUCGCGCCGCGAGGAUAUGGAACGCGCCAUCCGUGACCUGGUGCCGCUGGCGCAAGGCACCAUGACGGGACUGGCAAUCCAGUACGCCAUGAACGUGGCCUUCAGCGUGGCCGAGGGCGCGCGCCCGCCAGAGGAACGUGUGCCGCGCGUCGCUGUCAUCGUGACAGACGGGCGGCCCCAGGACCGCGUGGCCGAGGUGGCGGCACAGGCCCGCGCCCGCGGCAUUGAAAUUUACGCGGUGGGGGUGCAGCGCGCGGACGUGGGCUCCCUGCGCGCCAUGGCAUCGCCCCCGCUAGACGAGCACGUCUUCCUCGUAGAGUCCUUCGACCUCAUCCAGGAGUUCGGCCUGCAGUUCCAGAGCCGGCUGUGUGGGAAGGACCAGUGUGCUGAGCCGGGACAUGGUUGCCAGCACCAAUGUGUCAAUGCCCUGGGCACGUUCCACUGCACCUGCAACCUGGGCUACAAGCUAGCAGCAGAUAACAAGAGCUGUUUGGCCAUUGACCUGUGUGCUGAAGGAACCCAUGGAUGUGAGCACCACUGCGUCAAUUCCCCGGGCUCCUAUUUCUGUCGCUGCCAAAUUGGCUUUGUACUCCAGCAGGACCAGAGGAGCUGCAGGGCCAUUGACUACUGCAGCUUUGGCAACCAUAGCUGUCAGCAUGAGUGUGUUAGCACCCCUGGUGGGCCACGGUGCCACUGCAGAGAGGGCCAUGACUUGCAGCCGGAUGGGAGGAGCUGUCAGGUCCGGGACCUUUGCAAUGGCGUGGACCAUGGCUGUGAGUUCCAGUGUGUGAGCGAGGGCCUCUCCUACCGCUGCCUGUGCCCCGAGGGGCGGCAACUUCAGGCAGAUGGCAAGAGCUGCGACCGGUGCCGGGAAGGCCACGUGGACCUUGUUCUGCUGGUUGACGGCUCCAAGAGCGUGCGUCCACAAAACUUCGAGCUGGUGAAGCGCUUCGUGAACCAGAUUGUGGACUUCCUAGACGUGUCCCCCGAGGGCACGCGCGUGGGACUGGUGCAGUUCUCGAGCCGCGUGCGCACCGAGUUCCCUCUGGGUCGCUACGGCACCGCAGCCGAGGUGAAGCAGGCGGUCCUGGCUGUGGAGUACAUGGAACGCGGCACCAUGACAGGGCUGGCGUUGCGGCACAUGGUGGAGCACAGCUUCUCAGAGGCACAGGGUGCGCGGCCCCGUGCCCUCAACGUGCCUCGCGUUGGCCUGGUCUUCACAGAUGGCCGCUCCCAGGAUGACAUCUCGGUGUGGGCAGCGCGUGCCAAGGAGGAAGGCAUCGCCAUGUAUGCCGUGGGCGUGGGCAAGGCGGUGGAGGCGGAGCUGCGUGAGAUCGCCUCGGAGCCAGCUGAACUGCACGUGUCCUACGCCCCGGACUUCGGCACCAUGACGCACCUGCUGCGGAACCUCAGAAGCAGCAUCUGCCCAGAGGAGGGCAUCAGCGCAGGGACAGAGCUUCGGAGCCCAUGCGAAUGCGAAAGCCUCGUGGAGUUCCAGGGCCGCACUCUGGGGGCGCUCGAGAGCCUGACGCUGAACCUGGCCCAGCUGACGGCGCGCCUGGAGCAUCUGGAGAACCAACUGGCCAACCAGAAGUGAGGGCCAAGGGCGGCCCAGACCCGGGCUGGGGCGCGGCACCAUGGACAGUGCGCCGGGGCCAGGCAGAACCUGGGCCCGUCGGGCUUGGGCUGUCGGGGCGGAGGCGCUGGCGGGCUUCCGACACUGAGCUGAGCUGGCUUCGCCCGGACCAUUAGGCGGACUCCUGGGUCAGGGGGAUAGCGGGUGGUGGCGGAAGGGGCACGUGCUAGACCGGCAUGCCCUCGCCGCGUGCUGCGCUCAGUUCUUUGUUGGAUUUGUUUUCUUAAAAAAAAAAAAAAGAAAGAAAAAAAA